GUGAAAAGACUGGAUUACUUCCAUUGAAUACACCUGUGUAAACACCUGCUGCAAUUGUACCUCUUGCAGUCUUGUCAGAAUCACUGAUAGAUGGACCAGAACUCUAACAAUCCAGCAACAGAACCGAAAUUACCAUCGUGGAGAGCUUCUCUCAGAACUCGGCUCUCACUCGGUUGUCAUGGAGGAGCCAAGAUGGCGGCGCAGGCCUACGCGAUGGGCAGGCGGGAGAUUAAUCAACACUUCAACAUCAGGAACGCCAAGCUACUUGCCAUCAGCUUCGUGCUUAUCUUAACCGCCGGCCACGGGAUCAACAGGGGCUAUGGAGGUGGUGAUAGCUGUGAAUGGCUCCUUUCUAGUGGCCGAUUCCUUGGUGAAAAUGUGUGGCAACCUAAUGGCUGCAUGAUGCACAAAUACAAAAUUAGUGAAGUAAAGAGCUGUCUUAUGAACAAAUACAUAACUUUCAUUGGAGAUUCCAGAAUUCGGCAGUUGUUCUACUCCUUUAUUAAAAUUAUAAAUUCUGGUGUCAAAGAAGAAGGUAACAAGCAUGAAAAUAUUUCCUUUGAAGACAGAAGUAGUUCAUUGAAAGUUGACUUCUUGUGGUAUCCAGAGGUAAACAACUCCAUGAAGGACUGUUUGAAGACCUGGAUUGAGGGCACCCAGCAGAAGCCCCAUGUUAUUGUGGUGGGAGCUGCUACGUGGUCAAUUAAAAUUCAAAAUGGGAGUAUGGAAGCUCUCACACAGUAUAAAAUCAACCUUACAUCAAUCACACCUCUUCUGGAGAAGCUAGCAGAAACUAAUGACAUUUAUUGGAUUCUACAAGAGCCAGUAUAUGAAGAUUUGCUGAGUGAGAAUAGAAAAAUGAUCACUAAUCAGAGGAUUGGCUUGUACAACAAUGCAGCUUUGAGUAUUUUGAACAGCAGCACCAGAAAUAUGGCAGCCAAAGUCAAGAUUCUCCGGGCUUCCAAAUUGGUUGCAGAAGAAACCAUGGCAGGAUCUUUGGAUGGCUUGCAUUUACCCGAAACCACUAGAGACAUUAAUGCUAUGAUUCUCAUGAAUUCCUACUGCAACAGGAUUGUGAAGCCCAUUGAUGGUUCAUGCUGCCUUCCUCGGCCGCCUCUUUCUCUCAUUCAGAAAUUGACUGGCUGCUUUUUCAGUAUUUGCAUAAUUGGCUGUAUAGUUGCGACUUACUUUUGUCAUAGUUGGCGGAGAAGUAAACCUAAUACUGAUGUAGAGAGUGGAGAAGAGAAGAAACCUGCAACAGCUUCACUUUCUAAUCCUGAAAAACUAUUGUUUUGCCUUUCUAAGUUAGGCCUGAUCAUGGGCUAUUUCUAUCUCUGUGACAGAGCUGAUUUAUUUAUGAAAGAACAAAAGUAUUACACACAUUCAACAUUCUUCAUUCCAUUGGUGUAUAUUAUCGUGCUGGGAGUUUUCUAUAAUGAUAAUACAAAAGAGACCACUAUGUUAAACAGAGAACAGACAGACGAAUGGAAGGGCUGGAUGCAGCUAAUAAUUCUGAUAUAUCAUAUAUCAGGAGCAAGUACUUUUUUACCUGUGUACAUGCAUGUUCGCGUUCUAGUGGCAGCAUACCUGUUCCAAACAGGUUAUGGACACUUUUCUUACUUUUGGAAAAGCGGGGAGUAUGGAAUCUCUCGAAUUUGUCAGAUUUUAUUUCGUCUGAAUUUCUUAGUGGUGGUGUUGUGCCUAGUAAUGGAUCGACCAUAUCAAUUCUACUACUUUGUUCCAUUAGUAACUUUCUGGUUCAUGGUCAUCUAUGCCACUCUAGGGAUUUGGCCUCAGACUGGCAAAAAAGAUGAAAACGGAUCCUGUUCCCCCUAUUGGGAAGUGGUGUUCAAAUUGCUUGGCUUGCUGGUGUGUAUAUGCCUACUUGCUGCUUCUCAGAGUUCUUUUGAAAAGGCUUUUUCACUAUGGCCAAUUUCAAAGCUAUUUGAGUGGCAAGGAUUCCUUCACGAAUGGUGGUUUCGAUGGAAGUUGGAUCGUUUUGCAGUUGUACAUGGUAUGUUCUUUGCUUUUCUUUAUGGUGUAUUAAAGAAGGGUCAUCUGCUUUCUGAAGGCAAAGGAGAGACAUUGUUUGCACCCAGGAUGUCGUCCUUCUUACUUUUUACAUCAGUGGUUGUAUUUUUGACGUACUCAAUAUGGUGUGCCAGCUGUAAAAGUAAAGCCGAGUGCAAUGAGCAUCAUCCUUACUUCUCUGUAUUGCAGAUCUUGUCCUUCAUUCUUAUUAGGAACAUUCCUGGUUAUGUUCGUUCUGUGUACAGUUCCUUUUUUGCCUGGUUUGGCAAGAUUUCCUUGGAGCUCUUCAUAUGCCAAUAUCACAUCUGGCUUGCGGCAGAUACCAAAGGAAUCCUUGUACUCAUUCCAGGCAGCCCAGUGCUUAAUAUUAUUGUCAGCACUUUCAUCUUUGUUCUGGUUGCUCAUGAAAUCUCACAGAUCACAAAUGAUCUUGUACAAAUAACCAUUCCCAAAGAUAACUACGUUGCACUGAAAAGACUGUUGUAUGUAGGUAUUUUUUUAUUUGGGAUUCUCAUAUUGUCAUCUUUCGAACAAGUGAACAAAUAACUGAAAUAAUAACUAAUUUUGAUCUUCAUAUUUAAUGAAGUGACCUCAGUUUGUGGAGAAAAGAGCAUAAAUAAGUGCAACACUGUGAAAUUCAACACAGCAUCAAAUCUGGAAAAAGUAGUUGCUGCAUAUGUACAUAAUGUUUAAAAAUGUUUGGCUAUAUUGUGAUUAUUUGAAAGUGACUUUUAUAACAAUGGCAUGACUGACUACUGAAAAUGUGGCAUUUCUUGAAAUGCUAUCUCAUGUGAUUUUCUUUCUGGAUGUACUGUAUUUCAAAGGCAGAUAUUAGGUGGUUAAAGCAGCAUUCUGCUUCUGUGAUUUUUACUUCAUUUCUACAUCAGGUUUUCCAUAUUUUCACUUUUUUAAAUUGCAAUUAUUCCAGUUUUAUGAAGGAAAUAUUUUACAGCUAUCUGCUUAAAUUUGAUCGUAAAAUACCUACAGAUAAUAUUCUAUAGAAUUCAGUACAGCUGUAUUUAUUAAAGAUCUUAACAUUCUCAUGAUGAACACUUGAAAUGUUUUACCUUUUAUGGAUUGGUGGUGGAAAUGAAGUCAGCACAUUAUUCAUUAUAGAUGCAACAGUGGCAAAAUUAGAGGUUGAACAUUUAUUUGUUCUUCAUGUUCCAGAGGCUUGUGGUUUUUCUACUCAGUUUGGUGUUGCAUUGUUGGUAAAUCAGGAUGGGCUAAAAUUACACCCACUGGCCGCAGUUAAUUUUUAGUCUUGUGGAAUGGAUGAUAGUUGACUUGUCAAGACAUGACAUGAAGUGACUGAAGCAGUGGCUUAAUUAAGGACCGUUGCGUAGUGUACAAGUGACCAACUAUUUGUAAGUUAAGAUCGUAUGAUUGAAUCAUCAGUUUCAAUGUUUGUGAUCUUUUCAACUUGUUAAUGAUUAAUUCUGUUUUGAGAUUAUUGAGAAUUAUAAAGAACCAUAGCAACAAUGUGCUACAAUUUGGUUUAUGGGUAAAAUUUAAAACAACAGGAUAAAUGUAUGUGCUACAAUGUAGACUUAUUUUAGCAGGGGUAAGAAAGGAGGGGGCAGAAGGACAGGUGAGGAAUUUUAUUACAUAAUUAUGACUUCUUCAUAACUUUCAUAUUAGAUUUGAACUACACUGCAUAAUUCACUUGCUCUCUGGCCGGACUGAAAUAUGUGUAUAUACAAAAAGAAUUGUGAUUUUAAAAUACCUUACAGACCUUGAUUAGUGUUGAUAAACGAUUUGUAUUCUUAUAGAAUACAGUUCUUUUGUUUCUUUCUAGUAAGCAUCAGGUGACAUGUAAAUACCAUAAUCUUUAAUGUAUUUGUUUUCACUAGCUUUGUGUUCACGUGACGAAUAUGCUGAAAAUAGAUAUGAGCUUCUUGUGAUGACCUGGGUGCUAUAAAUCAUUAUUAAUGCUGUCUUUGAAAUCAUGGUAAUGUUUAAAAAAAUACUUUACCUGGCUUGAUUCAAGCUCACAUUUAUAAAGCCUGCAGUAUACGAUUUUCUUUAAAAACUGUCUUCUGCACAUUGUCGCUUUUGAAUCUCAGCUUUUCUGUGUAUUUCACUGCAGAUAGUCUGAUAUCAGACACUAUUUUUUGAACUAGACAUGCCAAAACUCAAUUGGUCUUAAAGUACAACUUUAACAAUUGAGUUUUAAAGAAUUUGGUUGCUUUAUUGGUUCUAUUUUAACCUGUUUUUGCUCAAGGGUGAUUGAAAAUGGGUAAGACAAGAAUCAGCAGUAAUCAAAGUAGCUUUCUAAAUUCUAAUUCAUUGGAAUUAAAAAUUAAAUAUUUUAUCUUUUGUUCAAUGAAAUCUCAGGUUCCCUCCCUGCAGUUACUAAGCGGUCAAAGCCAUAGCUGGUCCAUCAGAGACAGUUGAGUGUAUAGUGAGAUAGCUGAUUUGGGCUAAAUACUCUGCUUUGUCUACAGUUGAAAAGUGUGCAUGUGAUUAUAUUCUGCUUAAGUGCUCUCUACAGUUGAAUACUUUGCCAUCAUUAGUAUCAAAUGAUGCAUGGUGUUCUGGCCAGGAACUCUGCUCCAGCACUUACAAUUAUUUUUUUUUGAAGGGGGUAAACCAGGUGUUGAAUUGGGGAAAAAAGUUACCACAGUGCAGCCAAAUUUCUAGUAUUAUAUCUGCACUAUUAUUGUUAUUGCCACAGUUACUUCAGCUUUAUUUAUUUUAUUAAAUUGCUAUUUUUAUUAAUUGUUCUGAAAAUCAGAAAAAUCAAAGGAGUAAAUUUUGCACUAAGACUCAGUUUAUGAUGUUUCCCUAACUGCACAUGCUUUCCAAAAUAUGUGGCUUGUGGAUGAUUUCUGUGCUCCAUAUCCAUUAUAACCAGAAGUGGGAUGAUUUUUAUGAGGCAUUUGUGUUUUAUUGAAUUUAGUUUAAAAUGAUUUGGCUGAAGAAGUAACUGCAUUUAAUUAGAUUUCUGCCUCUUAUAAGUACCUGCAGUUACAAAAUUUACUAUAAUACCAAAAGCAUAAUACCAAAUGUAUACUUAAUGGUUUUUAUUGCACUUGGGAACAUCGCUUCAAUAUUACCAUUCACAUUUGGAGUUAUGUUUUGGAAAUUGAGCAUAUUUUGUAAUAUUAAAAUAUAUUUUUGAGAUUUUUGCACUGUGACCCCAAGCUCAAUGGGGUUAUAAAUGUUUAACUUUCUACGAAAUAACUUAGUGCUAAUUAUUUUUUUCAAAUAAAGCUUUGUUUUCAUUUAAAAUUCUUACAUUUGUGACAGAUUUCCAGGGUGGUGUGAAAAUUUGUUUGUGUUAAAUUAUAUUUUGUAAUUCUUUUAUCUAUGAAUUGUUUACAGUUAUUUUGCAGCUUUCUAAAUUUGCUUGUGAUGAAAUAUUUUUUGCCCUUUUCAAAUUGAAUUAGUGCUGUAGAGGUGAAAUAUCAUUCAAUGAUGUUUGCUCUUAUGCUUCUACAAAUGGAGAAUUUCACAUGCAUUAAUGGUUGAAGACAGUUUUUCAUUUUUAUUUAACUUUACAAAAUACUUGAUUGGUUAUGCUAAGCAUAAAUAAAUUUAUUUCUGGCUUAAGCUGAUUGGAGCAUACAUACUAUUUAAAGCAUCUUUCAUAGCAUGUUCAUCUUUUCUCAUAAAUUGAGAUGGCAGUAUGGUGUUUAGUAUUUUGCUUGGCCCCCAGAAAUUGAUAUGUGGAUCUUGCGCUAAAAUAAAUUCCCUAUUUUUUCUAAGGCUAGUUGCUGGAGACAGCUGGCAAGGGCCUAUGUGGUCUAUUGGCUAUGAAUAAUGUAAUCUGGUCAUUUUGGAUAGACCAGAGGGAGCCUCAACUCUUCUGCAAACCUUCUGACAGAUGACAAAACUGUUAACUGGUUUAAUGAAGCAAAACAUUAUUUUUCCUUUGGCUUUUUUAAAGCAGGUCUUGUUUUAAGAGGAGAUUUAAUAUUAGCUGUGGAGUCAAGAGAGUUUUCUUAUUUAUCUGAAUUUCAAUGGAAACUGGGUAGAUCUUUGUUUUAUUUAGGUAGUCCAUUGUUGCAUUCAGUCCUCCACCAAAUGUAAUCUCAAGCACAUUAUUUUUCUCCCAAAUGUCUGCAUGUUCAUGCAAAGUUCAUAACUGGCACAAUGUUGCAUUGUGUUUUUGGCUAGAUUUAUUAUAGAUAAUGCUAAAAUUGUGCACAAAGUAUAUUCUGCUUUAAUGCACAAUGCCAAUCAAAAGAGCACUCCAUUAAGGCAAUGUAUUAACCUUUUAAAGAACAAUAGAGUAGGUUUUUGACCAUGGUGACUAUGCAGAAUAAGUGGUUUACAUAAAUUAACAGUUUACAUUAUGUUUGAGUAGUGCCUCUAAGUUAUUGAAAUAGAUUCUGAAGUUAAUAAGCCAGGUUACUGUUGUUCAACACUCAGUUGCAGAAAUUUGAAAAAUUGGAGCAAUUGAGAUAUAUUGUAGUUGGAUUUAAUCAUUUUAAGAUAAAACCAGUAUGGUUCAUCAUGACUGAAGUAAUCAGAUUGAAUACAAAUGUGUACAGGCUAUAUUUCUUUUCACAGAAAAAUUGAAAGGGAUCUCAAUAGAUGCAAAUUCAAAAUGUCAGUGUUAAACAGUCCAAACGAAAGCAGAAAAUGCACAACUUUGCAUACAUUUUAAAACUAAAGCAUUCUGGUUUGCUGUUUACUGCUACCCUGCAGAGCACUAAUUUUUAGUGUUCUUGGUCCUCUAGUCCAAACACAUCUGCUCAAGAUGCUGUGCCAGAUGCUGCCCUGCCCUGUGCUAUUGCAACCCCAGCAACGAAUCACCCAAUGACUGUCUGCCAUCAGACAAGGCUGAGGCGAGAUGUGUCGCUCAAGGCUGCAUGCACAUGCUGACAGACUGCCCCGAUCCUACAGUCCUAAUCACCUAUUGGAUGUGAUGGAAGCUGCUGCCUCUCCCUCUUGUUUGGCUACACUGCACUCUCUAGCCCAAAUAUUUCUACAUGGUAACAAGUUCAAUAGUGGUUGCUGGCCAUUGAGCUCAUUACCAGAGAGAUCUCCAGGCUGGGAAGAAUUGUUCAGGCAACAAAGUGAGGGGAUGGUAGCAGCUUUCAUCACGUCCAACAGCUGGUGAUAAGAGCAACCCUAGCUGCAUGUGUCACUCCCUGAAGCAGGUGCGCUGCUUAUCGCAGCCCAACCAACACCAGCCUCUCCAUACGAGUUGUGGAUUGAUUCCUUGUUGAAUUUGCACCAGGUUCUUCAGUGCAGUAGUACUAUCAGUAUCACACCUUUCUGUAUGUAAUGCUAUAAUGAUUCUUUUAGUGCUAGUUCCAUUAACAUUCUGGAAAUGUACUCUGCGAGCCAAGUACUAGUAUAUUAGAGUAAUUCAGGAAUUACUGAAUUACUGUAAGUUGUUUACAGAUCCUACAAAUUAGGUAAUCAUGGGUAUUUUAAUAAAUGAUAAAGUAAUAAAUAAUAAAGAUCAACUUUAAGUCUGGAGCUUGGCAAAGCCAUACAUGAUCUAGAACAGUACAGCACAGGAACAGGCCCUUUGGCCCAUAAUGUUGUGCCAAACUAAUUAAGCUACUGACACCUAAUGAAACUAAUCCAUUCUGCCUGCACAUGGUCCAUAUCCCUCCAUUCUCUGCAUAUUCAUGUGCCUAUCCAAGAGUCUCUUAAAUGCCUCUAUGUUAUCUGCCUCCACCACCACUCCUGGCAGUGCAUUCCAGGGACCCACCACUGCGGGGGUCAAAAAAUUCCUUUUAACUUCCCCCUCUCACCUUAAAUGCAUGCCCUCUAGUACUAGACUUUUUGACCCUGGGGGAAAAGAUACCAGCUCUCUAUCUAUGCCUUUCAUAAUUUUAUAAAAUUCUGUCCGGUGUCCCUUCAUCCUCUGCUGCUCCAGAGAAAACAACGCAAGUUUGUCCAACCUUGGCAUGUGCCCCCUAAUCCUGGCAGCACCCUGGUACUUUUGCACCCUUUCCAAAGCUUACACAUCCUUCCUGUAAUGGGGCAACCAGAAUUGAAUGUAGUACUCCAGAUGCAGCCUAACCAAAGUUUUAUAAAGCUAUCACAUAACUUCCUGAUUCUUGAACUCAGUGCCUCGACUAGUAAAGGCAAGUAUGCUAUAUGCCUUCUUUACCACUCUAUCAAUUUGUGCAGCCACGUUCAGGGAGCUAUGGACUUCGACCCCAAGAUCCCUCUGCGCAUCAAUGCUGUUAUAUGAGUCCUGCCAUUAACUGUGUACUUUCCCUUUGCAUUUGAGCUCCCAAAGUGCAAUACCUCACACUUGGCCAGAUUAAACUCCAUCGCCCAUAUUUCCAACUGAUUUAUAUCUUGCUGUAUCCUUUGGCAACCUUCUACACCAUCCACAAUGCCACCAAUCUUUGUUUGUGAUGUAUAUAAAUGGCUUGGAUGAAAACGCAGAUGGGUGGGUUAGUAAGCUUGUAGAUAAUACAGAGAUCCUGGUAUGGACCCCUGUGGAACACCACUAGUCACGGACCUCCGGCCAGAAUAAGACCCAUGGAUGAGCCUACCAUGAGGGACCUUGUCAAAUUCUUUAGUAAAAUCUAUAUAGGCAAUAUCUACUGCUCUACCUUCAAUCACCUUUGUCACCUCUUCAAAAAAACUCAUUUGUAAUAUGACCUGUCCUGUACAAGGCCAUGCUGACUGUCCCUAAUUAGGCCAUGUUUUUCCAAAUUCUUAUAAAUCCUAUCCCUAUGAAUCCUCUCCAAUAGCUUUCCUACCACUGACAUGAGACUCACCAGUCUGAUUUCCAGGAUUAUCCCUAUUUCCCUUCUUGAACAACAGAACAACAUUAGAUCCUUGCCAGUCCUCUGGGACCUUGUCUGUGACCAGAGGGGAUUCAAAAAUCUUGGACAAGGCCCCAAGCAAACUCAUCUCUUGCCUCUUAAUAAACUGGGGUAUAUCCCAUCAGGCCCUGGGGAUUUAUCUACCUUAACAUUCUUCAAGAUACCCAACACCACCUCUUCCUUUAUCUCAAAACCCUAGUAUAUUAUGCUGCACACUGAUCUAUCUUCUUGUCCUUCUCCUUGGUGAAUACUGUUGCAAAGUACUCAUUUAGGACCUCACCCACAUCCUCCACCUCCAAGCAUGUUCCCUCCUUUAUCCUUGAGUGGUCCGACCCUCUCCCUAGUUAUCCUCUUGCUCUUGACGUAUGUAUAGAAUGGCAUGGGAUUCUCUUUAAUCCUACUUAGCAAGGAGUUUUCAUGGCCCUUCCUGGCUCUCCUAAUUCCCUCCUUGAGUUCUUUUCUGGCUUCUUUAUAACCCUCGAUGGCUCUUUGAUUUUAGCUUCCCAAACCUUACAUAUGUUUCCUUUUUAUUCUUGUCUAAAUUCACCACCUCUCUCAUCAUCCAAGAUUCCCUUACCUUGAGUGCAUCCUUGUCCAUCCCUCCUUACUGGAACAUACUGGUCCCGUACUCUGUGCAGCUGGUCUUUAAACAACCUCCACAUGUCAGAUGUGGACUUGCCCAAAAGCAGCUGUUCCCAAUUAACUCUCCCUAGCUCCUACCUAAUACUUUCCACAAGGUCCAUAUUUAUCCUUAUUCAUAGCCAUCUUAAAACUUGAGUUCUGAUCACUGUUUCCUAAAUUUUCCCCCAAUACAAGGUCCAGUAUAGUCCCUCCUCCAGUUAGACUAUCCCAAUACUGUUCUAAGAAACUCUUGGAUGCAGCUAACAAAUUUUACCCUGUCUAACCCUCUUGCACUAAGGUGAUCACAGUCUAUAUUGGGGAAGUUGAAGUCACCCACUAAACCUGCUUUUGCACCUUUCCCUAAUCUGCCUGCAUAUCUGUUCUUCAAUGUCCCACUGGCAAUUGGUGGGGGUGGGGGGGAGGGGUGGGGUUGUGGUCUGUAGUAUAAUCCCAUCAGAGUAAUUGCACCUUUCUUGAUACUGUCCCUGAUUAAUAGCUCAACUCCUCCCCCUCUUUUACCUCCCCCUCUCUCUUCUAAAACAUUGAAACCCUGGAAGAUUAAGGAGCCAGUCCUGUCCCUCAACCAAGUCUCUAAUGGCCACAACAACAUAGUUCCAUGUAUUGAUCCAUGCUCCAAGUUCACCUCUCUUGCCCUUAAUGCAUUUUAUUACUGUAAAUAUACAUAUUAAACCCUUCCUUUCCAUCUUGCUCCUACCUGUCCUUUCUUACAGAAUUACUGGCCAUGACAUCUACCUUCCCUCUAUUCAAUUCUGUAUCAACCCCCAAAACAUCUUGUAAUUGUUUGUUCAUUUGUAUGUUUAACAUUGCUUUGUAAACAAAUAAAUUCCUUGGGAAUGGGAAAUAUGCAGUACAAGUUUAUAUAUCACUUUUGUGUCACAUUACUGAUCCAGAAACAAUAACUACUGCAUUAGUUUUAAUUUAAAUGCCUUAGUUAUAUUAUGACUUAAUAUGGACUGUAAAUUAACAUGGUAAUGUAGAAAUUGUCAAAAGACUGAAAGCAUUGGAGCAAAUACUUUAAAAAUGCAACAAAUGGAUCAAAAUUAAUUAGUAAAGCUGUCUUUGCAGAUUGAAUUUCAACUCAAGCUAUUUAGGCAGCAAAGGCAAUCUUAAAUUCACAUUAAGAUUAACUCUUUUCAAAGGAAGUUCCUUAUUUUUAAUUUGUUCAAUGAUAGAGAUGUAAAUGGAUGAAGUAAAUUUUCUUUGAAUGCUAAAUCCAUAGAUUACAGACUCGCUUAGAAUUGCAACUGACCUGCUCUCCCAGGCAAUUGUAAAGCUGAGUUAAAGUUUAACUGGUGCCAUUUUAAGAUAAUGGUUGGAUUACUUUGGCAACUUGCCGGCAGCUAUGUAAAAGAACCAGUGACUGACUGCAGAGUGCAGCACCUAUGAAAGAUGAAGCUAUCUGCUUCUGCCUGCCCUAGGUCUUACCAUCACAUUGUGCCUGGCCACUUAUCUUUACGUCAGCCAUAAGUGAUGUGCAGACCCAUUCCCUUGAUUAGGGGCACUGAUUAUCUUAAGAUAGUUUUUAAAUCUUUUAACUAAAAACAACCAAUAAUUUAUUUCAAUGUACACUUGUGCUUCAUUUUUUUUUAAAACUAGUUCCAAAUAACUGAUCACGAGUGGAAAUAGAGAAAAGGUUUUCUAUUAGUUCACACGUGAGGCCUUGCCUUUUGUGGUCACUGUACCCCAUGUGGGCAGGCACCAGAAGCAGAACCUUAAGAGCCACAUGCCCACAGUAAUGAGGCUAAUGUAGGCAGCAACCAUGAGAGACACUAGAAUCAGCUCAUUAUGUUAUCUGCUUUUCCCUUCCAUAGCUAAGCACGUUAGGGAUAUGUUAUCACUUUACAAGAGUAGUAAUUGAGAUGUGUGAUCUAAUAGGACCAUGAUUUCAAAUCUCACCAUGACAGCUGACGAAUUUAAAUUCAAUUCAUCCAGGAAAAAAAACUGAAGUUAUUUGUAAGCGCGACUAUGAAACUACUAGAUUAGUGAACAGAUGGAUUUUUACAAUGAAAGUUAGAAAAUUCUAUCCCUGCCUCAGCUCAUCUGCUGAAACCCUCAAGCCUUAUUUACCCGUGGACUUAAACUAUUGUAUUACAGACAAAGCAGCCCAUCCAAAAGUGUAAAGUUAAGAUUAUUCAAAAUUCUGCUCCUAUCUGAACUCUCAGCAAGCCCCAUCUACCCAUGAUCACUGGCCCACAUUAGUUGCUAGAAAACUUCACUUUUAAAAUUCACAUUAUGUUUUAAAAUCCCUUGCUCCUUUCUUCCUCUAAUCUCUUCCAAUCUUACAACUCUUCAGGGUCCAAACUCUUCUAUUUCUGGCUCCUUGAUCAUUCCUGAUCCUGGGCCCACCAGGGAUGGAGUGAUUAAAUUCUGGAAUUCCCUACCUGAAACCUCUCUACUUCUCCAUUAAGAUACUACUUAAAACCACUUGACCAAGCUUUUGAUAAUGUAUCUUAAAUUUUGUGGUUUAGAUCAAGUUUUCUUUGAUAAUGCUCACAUGGGUGUUUAGGGCACUUUGCAAGUCAAGUACAAGUCAUUGCCUCAUGAUUUGCAAGCCAUGGUAUUUUUGAAAGAGGGGUCCCAAUUAAAAAUAAAAAUAACCAGUGCCAAAUGAGGCUUUGACAUAUGCUAACAAAUCUGUGUGCAGCAAGUGAUGCCCAGGGAAAUUCCUUGUUUCUGAAUCUGAGUGUGGCUGCUCUGUAUGAUGCACUGUUACAAUACUUUGUAUUCCUGUGAUAACAUAUUGCUGUUCUUUGUUGAAAUUGAGAAAGUGUCAGGUAUCUGGAUAGUUUUUGUCCUUUUAAAAGUAAUAAUGGGAAGGCAUAACAUUGUUGUAGUUAGUGUUCCAGUUCAACUGAAGUAUGCUGGUUAUACAUAGAACAAUUUAGACAUGUAUCAACUGUUGUUACUGUGUCUGAAUGUAAUUUUAAUUUUUCUUCCAGUUUAAACCUAAGAUGUAUCAAAUACAGAUCUGUAAAUGUGCCAACUUCAGAUUUGGCCUUAGUCCUUCAUUAUUUGAAUCUGAAUUAGCAUGAAAAGUAAAAACAUGCCUAAAUAUAUUGUACACCUAAUAUGUUUCAUUAUCUGUUUGCACUUGAACUAUGAAGAAUGUUCACUCAUGCCUUGUAAAAAAAAAUCUUUUUUUGGAAUGCUUUAGAAGUUGCAUCAUAAAGCUCUUG